AUGACCGCUGUCAUGACACAAAUUCAGAGCGCGUCGCCGGAUGAUGUGAAGCCGCCGGGGUCGGUCGUCAAACUCGGCCUGUCCUCCGCCGAUACCGAUAUCUCGAGACCAGAGUCGUUGCUGAACGGCGCGAUCAGCGUCUUUGACAUCCCGCCCGAUACGGCACUUCUUCUGUUCUGCAAUAACAUCGAGAAACUAGUGACGCAAUUCACCGACCUUCCGCUCGAAUCCUUUCCCGGCUCCAAUGGCUCGACCCCAUUUGAACCCCGGACUCCGCGAGAGGAUCUGGUUCCCAACCAGACCGUAGGACUGCACUGCGGCGAUUCACACGAGGCAGGCCAUGAUCGGACGGAAGAAGAGACGUUUCAACUCCGGAUCCUGUCCCGCAAAUUCCUCUCGAAGAAGGUGCCCCCGAUCGCGCUCCGGGAUUAUCUUCUACGCCUGCAAAAGUAUUGCCCGAUGUCGACCGCCGUUCUGCUUGCGGCGAGUGUUUACAUUACAAGGAUGGUCGUGGUGGACAAAGUAGUUCGUCCAUCUCCCAAGAACAUGCACCGCCUUGUGUUGGCCGGUCUCUUGGUCGCCACCAAGGCUCUGGAAGACCUCAGUUUCCCACACAGUCGCGUGGCCCGAGUCGGUGGUGUAUCGGAACAAGAGCUUUCCCGGCUCGAAGUGACAUUUUGUUUUCUAGCCGACUUUGAGCUGCGAGUAGACGCGCAGAUGCUCAUGGAUGAGGCGACAAGACACUGGUCACCGCGCUCUGAAUCAGGAACUGGAGAAGGGACCGAUUGA